AGCCCGGAAGGGAUCGGGAUGGCGGCGCUGGACAGUGACAGCGACGAGGACCUGGUCAGCUAUGGGACGGGCCUGGAGCCUCUGGAAGAAGGUGAAAGACCAAAGAAACCCAUUCCUCUUCAGGAGCAGACUGUCAGGGAUGAGAAGGGGCGGUAUAAGCGGUUUCAUGGCGCCUUCAGCGGAGGGUUCUCUGCGGGGUUCUUCAACACUGUUGGCUCCAAGGAAGGAUGGACACCUUCUACCUUCGUGUCGUCACGGCAGCACAGAGCAGACAAAUCUGUUCUUGGGCCUGAGGAUUUUAUGGAUGAGGAGGAUCUUAGUGAAUUUGGGAUAGCACCCAAAGCGAUUGUGACUACAGAUGAUUUUGCUUCUAAAACCAAAGACAGAAUACGAGAAAAGGCCAGGCAGUUGGCAGCUGCCACGGCCCCUAUUCCUGGAGCCAUUCUACUUGAUGACCUCAUCACACCAGCAAAGUUAUCCAUUGGUGUGGAAUUGCUAAGAAAAAUGGGUUGGAAGGAAGGCCAAGGAGUUGGCCCUCGGGUAAAGAGAAGGCCACGCCGACAGAAGCCUGAUCCUGGAGUGAAGAUCUAUGGCUGUGCACUGCCACCUGGAGGCUCUGAAGGAUCCGAGGAUGAAGAUGGUGACUACUUGCCUGACCACGUGACCUUCGCGCCUAAGGAUGUCACACCUGUGGAUUUUACACUGAAAGACAAUGUCCAUGGACUGGCUUACAAGGGCCUGGAUCCCCGCCAAGCACUGUUUGGAACUUCAGGAGAACAUUUUAAUCUUUUUGGUGGAGGGUCUGAGGGGCCCAGCAAUCUUCUUGGAGAUGUUGGAUUGAGUAAAGGAAGAAAACUGGGAAUUUCAGGCCAGGCUUUUGGUGUAGGUGCUCUGGAGGAGGAAGAUGAUGACAUCUAUGCCACAGAAACCCUGUCCAAGUAUGACACUGUGUUGAAGGACGAGGAGCCUGGAGAUGGCCUCUAUGGCUGGACGGCACCCAGGCAGUACCGAAAUCAGAAAGAACCUGAGAGAGAUCUUCGAUAUGUUGGCAAAAUUUUGGAUGGAUUUUCCUUGGCUUCUAAACCUUUAUCUUCAAAAAAACUAUAUCCACCUCCUCAGUUGCCAAAGGACUAUCGGCCGGUGCAUUAUUUUCGACCUAUGGUGGCUGCAACCUCUGAGAACUCUCACUUACUUCAAGUGUUAUCCGAGUCAUCUGGAAAGGCAGGACAAGACCCAGGGACACAGAGUAGGCACCUGCUCAAUGCCUCCAAGAGAGGGGAGUUGCUUGGAGAGACCCCCAUUCAAGGUUCGGCUACUUCAGUGUUAGAGUUUCUGUCUCAAAAAGACAGAGAGAGAAUCAAAGAAAUGAAGCAGGCAUCUGACCUGAAAGCAGCUCAAGCCAAGGCCAGGAGUCUGGCCCAGAGUGCUGCAAGCAGCAGAACGCAGCCCUCCACGUCAGAUCUUGGACAUUGCUCUUGGCACAUGACCUUGGGCAGAGGAGCAGCCACAAGAGCCAGCAACUUCAAGCCUUUUGCUAAAGAUCCAGAAAAGCAAAAGCGAUACGAAAAGUUCUUAGCACACAUGCAAAAGGGUCAGAACGAUGCACUGGAACAAUGCUUGGACCCCAGCAUGACCGAGUGGGAGCGAGGCCGUGAGCGGGAGGAGUUUGCGCGGGCAGCCCAGCUGUAUGUGUCUUCCAGCGCGACCUUGUCCUCCAGGUUCACUCACGCCAAGGAGGAAGACGAUUCGGAUCAGGUUGAGGUUCCAAGAGAUCAAGAGAAUGAUGUCAAUGACAAACAGUCUGCCGUGAAGAUGAAGAUGUUUGGGAAGCUCACCCGAGACACGUUUGAGUGGCACCCUGACAAGCUUCUGUGUAGGAGGUUUAACGUGCCUGACCCUUACCCAGGCUCAACUUUAGUUGGCUUGCCACGAGUAAAGCGAGAUAAAUAUUCAGUCUUCAACUUUCUGACAGUCCCAGAGACAACCUCUGUGCCCUCAGCUCCAGCACCAAGGGCAAAAGCACCGCAGCUCCAAGGGGCAGACAAAUCCAGGAAGCCAUCCCGAUGGGAUACAUCCGACCAAGAGAAGAAGGAAGAUUCCAUUAGUGAAUUUUUAAGUUUGGCUAGGUCAAAAGUUGGCCCACCAAAACCAGACUCCAGUCCUUCAGGAAACAAAGAGGAUGAGCAGGGCCCGGCUGCGCUCUCAGACAAGACAGUAAGCCAAGGUGUGGAUUCACAGACUGAGGGAGAAGCUAGCCGCCCAUCCAUGGACUUAUUCAAGGCCAUCUUCGCCAACUCCUCCGAUGAGCAGUCCUCGUCCUCAGAAGAUGAGCAUGAUGCAAGCGAGAGUGAUCGGGAGGAGACGGAGGAGGCCAGCCCCAAAAGUGCCCAGGAGGCUGCCCUGGGGGAGGCCUCUGUGACCCAGGGUGCCGAGCCUGCGCCUGCCGAGCCUGCGGCUCCCUUCCCCAUUCAGAAGAUGCAGAUUGACGAACGAGAAGAGUUCGGUCCACGGCUGCCUCCUGUCUUCUGCCCCUAUGCUCGUCAGAAGCUUGAGACACCUCACAAGGAGAAACACAAAAAAAGCAAAGAGAAGCACAAGACCAAGAAAGAGCACCGCCGAAAGAGAGAGAAGAAAAAGAAACACAAGAAGCACACACACAAAAGUAAGCAAAAGAGUAAAAAAUCUGAAAAAAGUAGCAGUUCUGAGAGUACGGAGAGCAGUGACAGCCAGAGUGACGAGGGCGUGCUGGACUUGUCACCCCAGGAGCUGCUGAGACGGCUGAAACGCCUCCCACUAAGGAGGUAGUGAUUGAAUCCUAACCUGGCCUGUCUGGGUACCGAAUCCCCCCCCCCCCCAUGAUGGAUGUCCACUGAUUGCUUAGUUCAUGCAGUAUGCAGAUUGUAUUUAUAUGUAAAUUUCUUCUGUAAUAUCAUUUUUAAAACUUGACAUUUCAAAGGCUGCCCUGAAAAGUGCAGAAAUUAAUUUCUAUUUUUAACUUCAGCGCAUGUCAGAGGGAAAAAAUUUCACUGAACAGUUUAAUUAAAGUGACAUUUUUCUAUUUUC